GACAACGAUUUUGAGUUGUGUAGAAAUCUCUCCGAAGUCGCCGGAAUCAUAUUCCUUCUCAGCCGCCGAUCCAAGUAUCUCCGGCGAGAGACUGAUCUAUAGUUAGUCGAUUCGAUUUGGCGCGUUAUCCAUCUUCUGGUAUUUACUUGUUCCGUUGCUGAGAAAAAAUUGCAGCGAUUGUUGCUUCAGAACAUCUGAUACUUCAAAUUGACAACACUCGUUUUCUUCUUUAGGGAUUGUUACAGGACUCGUAGGAUGCUCGAUUUACGCUAUAAAGAAUGCUACUUUCUCAUCUGUGUUAUCGUCUUCAUAAAUUUUGUGCCUUGUUACAGCGAUGAGAGACUGUUUGAUGGAAAAAGUUUAUAUGCUGGGAAGGAACUAUGGAAGGAGACUCUGCCAUUGAAAUCUGGAUCUCGAGUUUACAAAUUACAAGGGCUUAAGUCAAAUUCUUGGUAUGAAGUCAAGAUAUCGUACCCAGCUUCUAUACCGGCUUUGUUUACGCUGCAACUACUGAAGAACGGUGUAAUGGGUUUGCAUCUUAACCAUAUGAGGAGAUUACUAAACACUGAGAAGUUGAUCUUCAAAACGGAAAGUCUUGAAGAAGUUGAUAACAAGGACGGAUUGUAUGUUUUGGUGACUGUGGAACCUGAAGGAAUCGUGGCUAUACCAAAUUCCAAAGAACGGGUGUCUAUCAUUUAUAACAUAGGCAAGCUUCUUUUGUUUUUCCUUACACUUGUAGUGAGCGUAGUGCUUCUUCUAAAGUCUGAAAUUCUCAUGUUGACAGUUUGUGAAGAACAGCUCUUAGGCAUCCCUUACUCAAGCUGGUCAGUGGUGGUUUUAGUAGUGUUGUGUCUUGUGGUCGCGUUGAUUCUUCCCCGGUUUCUCCCAUCUUAUCUUCUAAUCAAAGAUGUAGAUCGUGAUCGUUAAGAAGAAGCAUGGUUAAUAAUAGCUAAUACAGUUU